GAAGUCUGAAGUCUGAACUCUGAAGAGCGUGAGGCAAAGGCCAAGUUGUUUCAAAUCAAGACGAACAACACAUGGCGGCUUCUCUGCAACUGCUCCACUGCAAACUCGCGAGACCCUUUCACUCAUUCUCCUGCCCAAGGUCAACUCCUCUCAGGUGUUCCGCCGCGCCCCCUCCUUCCAAGUCGCCCCGCCGCUACACUAUCACUCUCCUCCCAGGCGACGGCAUCGGCCCCGAAGUCAUCUCUGUCGCCAAAGACGUUCUUCUCCUCGCCGGUUCCCUCGAAGGGAUCAAAUACGACUUCCGAGAGAUGCUUCUGGGUGGAGCUGCGUUGGAUGCCACGGGAGUUCCAUUACCUGAGGAAACCCUUUCUGUCGCUAAGCAAUCCGAUGCUGUUCUGCUUGGUGCCAUUGGAGGUUAUAAAUGGGAUAUAAACGAGAAACAUCUCAAGCCAGAGACUGGUUUACUUCAGAUUCGGCAAGGGCUUCGAGUGUUUGCAAAUCUGAGACCGGCUACUGUAUUUCCUCAGUUAGUGGAUGCUUCAACUUUGAAGAGAGAGAUUGCUGAAGGGGUCGAUCUCAUGGUUGUGAGGGAACUCACUGGAGGUAUCUAUUUUGGAAAACCCAGGGGCUUUGGCACCAAUGAAAAUGGUGAAGAGAUUGGCUACAAUACUGAGAUUUAUGCUGCACAUGAGAUUGAUCGCAUAGCUCAUGUUGCAUUUAAGAUUGCUCAAAAGCGUAGUGGGAAACUUUGCUCUGUUGACAAAGCCAAUGUACUAGAGGCAUCAAUGUUCUGGAGGAAGAGAGUUUUGGCAAUAGCACAAGAAUAUCCUGAUGUUGAGCUUUCUCACAUGUAUGUUGAUAAUGCCUCUAUGCAACUAAUUCGCAAUCCCAAACAGUUUGACACCAUUGUGACAAACAACAUUUUUGGCGAUAUAUUGUCAGAUGAGGCUUCAAUGAUCACCGGAAGUAUUGGGAUGCUUCCUUCUGCUAGCCUUGGGGAUUCGGGACCUGGACUCUUCGAACCAAUACAUGGUUCUGCACCUGAUAUUGCCGGACAGGACAAGGCAAAUCCAUUUGCUACUGUUCUUAGUGCUGCUAUGCUUUUGAGAUAUGGCCUAGGAGAAGACAAGGCAGCUGGAAGAAUAGAGAAUGCAGUGCUGGACACCUUGAACAGGGGAUUUCGAACUGCUGACAUUUAUUCUGCUGGAACAAAGCUGGUAGGAUGCAAACAGCUUGGUGAGGAGAUACUGAAGUCAGUGGAAUCUAACGUUCCUGCUGCUGCAGUGUGAUUGACCAACUGGGCAUAGAAUUUAGGGUUCUGAUUUAUCUUGUGAGGCACUAUGACUAUCAAAGGUGAAAAAGUUUCCCUAGUCUGGAGAGUUCUGGCUUCCUUCUGUGUUAUGUAUUUCGGUUUCUACUCCCAGCCAAUGUAUGAUUGAACUUUCGAAAGUGGCAAGAUUGUUAUUUUGUACCCGGGAUUUUCUAGUUUCCCUUGCAUGCGAAGCCGCUUGUAAUAGUGGAAUAAUGAUUAAUGGAGAUUGGAGAUUCAAAACUUUC